AUGGUGUUUGUAUGCAUGGUGAGAGGUUGCAAAAAUUCUAGUAAGUUGACAAUGAAGAAAUGCAAACGGUUUAGGAUACCUUCAGACGAAUCACGUCGUAGGAAUUGGCUGAAGAGUUGUAAUCGCCUUGACUUAUUAGAAAAAUCAUCGUCUUAUCAUGUGUGUUCAGACCAUUUCGAGGUCCAAAUGUACAAAACCCCUGAACGAAAAAAAUUAUUGCCUACUGCUGUUCCUACUGAUUUCUCAAUGAUCUCUAAAGAAGAUACAUUAAAACCUCGAUUAAAACAAAAGAAGUCAGUUUCUGGUUCUUGUAGUAGCAACAGUUCUAGUCAAUCGUUUGAAGAAGCUGAUAUUACAGAACUAAUGAAAUUGGGAUAUUCUAGAGAGGAGGUUAUUCAAGAAUUAAAAAGAUUCAAUGGAAAUAAAAAUCAAGCAAUGGCCUCUUUAUUUGCAAAAAUAUUAAAAUUUUGA